AUGGACUUCCAGCACAGAGCUCACCCGUACCCCAUCCCAGAGGAUGAAGAGGUUGCAUACAAGGUUGCUCCUGAUGCUCACAACUCUGCAGGAAAUGAAGGAGAGAAACCAGUGUCAAAAUUGCAACGUAGGCACAGUGAAAUAAAACUCUACAAAGAGUUCUGUGACUUCUAUGCAAAAUUCAACAUGGCGAACGCGCUUGCAAAUGCCAUCUGCGAGCGCUGCAGGGGUGGCUUUGCCCCUGCCGAGAAAAUAGUCAACAGCAACGGUGAGCUGUACCACGAGCAGUGCUUCGUCUGUGCCCAGUGCUUUCAGCAGUUCCCUGAAGGGCUCUUCUACGAGUUUGAAGGGAGGAAGUACUGCGAACAUGAUUUUCAAAUGCUUUUUGCCCCUUGCUGCCAUCAAUGUGGUGAGUUCAUUAUUGGUCGUGUUAUUAAAGCCAUGAACAAUAGCUGGCAUCCAGAGUGCUUCUGCUGCGAUAUCUGCCAAGUAGUAUUGGCUGAUAUUGGAUUUGUCAAGAAUGCUGGCAGACAUCUCUGCCGUCCUUGCCAUAACAGGGAGAAAGCCAGAGGCCUGGGAAAGUACAUUUGCCAGAAGUGUCAUGCCAUUAUUGAUGAACAGCCUCUCAUAUUCAAAAAUGACCCUUAUCACCCUGAUCAUUUCAACUGUGCAAACUGCGGGAAGGAACUUACUGCUGAUGCUCGUGAGCUGAAGGGAGAACUCUACUGCUUACCCUGCCAUGACAAAAUGGGUGUCCCCAUCUGUGGGGCAUGUAGAAGACCAAUUGAAGGCCGUGUGGUGAAUGCUAUGGGAAAACAAUGGCAUGUGGAGCAUUUUGUUUGUGCAAAAUGUGAAAAACCAUUCCUGGGUCAUCGUCAUUAUGAGAGAAAGGGCUUGGCGUAUUGUGAAACUCACUACAAUCAGCUAUUUGGUGAUGUUUGUUUCCAUUGCAACCGUGUGAUUGAAGGAGAUGUUGUGUCUGCUCUGAAUAAGGCAUGGUGCGUGAACUGUUUCGCUUGUUCAACUUGCAACACUAAGUUAACACUCAAGAAUAAAUUCGUUGAGUUUGAUAUGAAGCCUGUCUGCAAAAAGUGUUAUGAGAAGUUUCCUCUAGAGCUGAAGAAAAGACUGAAGAAACUAGCUGAAACUUUGGGAAGGAAGUAAAGACUUCAUCUGCUCUCCCUUCCUUUGCAAAAAUCUUAGAGAUAUUACUUGGUGGGGUGAGGUAGGGAACAGGCUGUGGGCUGCUUUGAUGCUGCAGUCAGACAACAAAUGAUGAUGUAUGCCUUCUAUCAAACCAAAAUAUCAUAAGAUUCUCUGUUCUCUUUACAUGUAUGCUUAUUUGUUGAUAAACAGACAAUACUUCCAGACUAAAUUAAAUAGCAGCUCACCUGAAAGGUUUCUGACCAAUAAUGUAGUUGUACUGAUGCAGGAGACCCAUUCUGUACACUAAUCUCUGUGGAAUUUUACAGAGAGAAAAUUUGCUUGUGAGCACCUGUGAAAACAAACUGUGCAAAUGUGCCCAACUUUAGGGGCAUGAAUUGUCAUUUAUGUUAAUGAAAAUAUUAACCUUCAUAUUAAGCAUGCAGAUAAAACUUGUUCAACUCAUGUUGUGAUUUGGGCAAGAAACCAAUGUACUUUGCCUCAUGGAAAAAUUCAUGCUUGGAUUUCAGGCUGAGAAGUUUCGUUAAGGAGCCUUGUUUCAGAUGGUUUGAAAACUAUCAGAUUUCUAAAUAAAGUCACUGUACAAAUUACCUACUUCAGAUAGAUUAUGCUUACAUGAUGAAUGUUUGUACAUCAGGCUUAGCAUGAGAUACCUAUAUAAAAAUGUAUUCCUAUUGCAAGAAAUGAGCAUACUCAGAACUACUUGAAUUUUGCUAUAUUCCACUUAAAAUAACACAUUAACUUUUAUAUAUGCUUUAGCAUUUUAUUUACUUUUUGUGCCUUAUUCUGCUGGACCAUACAUAAGUGUUCCAUUAAACAUAUAUAGUUUUAUUUUUUAUUUCAUAUUUUUAUGCAAAAACUAUAUAGAAGGUAUUUUCAAAAGAUAACAUACUUUGCCUUAAUUAUAAAGGAUGUGAGAAGCAUUUUAUUUCAAAUGUGAACAUCUGAAUUUAAAAUGUAGCUUCUAGACUUCAGUAAUUUUCAGAAAAAUACUGAAAAUGCAUAUUUCAAUUAACUGGCAAUAUUACUUUUACACCUGUGAGUGUAAAUAUGCAAGGUUCGAUCCUGCUAGGAUCUACUUCUUUAGCCAUCCUCAUGGACUGAGCUUACAAAUAAUCAAAAUUCCUUAUAACAUACAUUUAAUUCUUUUAUACUGUUGACUUCUGUCCAUGCAAAUUUGUUUUAUUUUCCCCUUCUUAUAGAAAAUACAGUUACUUAGGACUUCUUGAUGGUACUACAUUAUGAAGUACACAAACUUUUUUUUAACUUUUUUUUAUAUUAGUGAUUUAAACAGAUUUUAUGUAAUUACAUAAUAGGAAGUAAUAUUUUCUUUCCUGUUUAUGAAAAAUAAACAUCUGCUUUCCACUGUCAUCAAUAAAGGUCAUGUUAUUAAACCUUGUA